AUGUCUGCUUACGGCCUCAACCCCAUUUCCCUCCCCUCCAAAGUCGCCCCAGCCCCGGCUACCACCACUCCUCUCGUCAUCACCGUCAAGUUCGAGGUGCUGACGGUCGAGUCUCCCCGUUCGCCCCGCCCCUCUUCUGGCACGGACUCGGACAUGUCCGUUCUGCUCGAAGCCGCCCCUGAGGUUCGCCCGGCUCGAGCCCUUCUGGGCCCUCGCAUCGAAUACGGGGUGCAUGUCGAGCGCACCCUCGGCACGAAGACCGAGACUAGCUGGGGCUGGCCCAGAGAGAAUGGGCUGAUUUGCGUGGCGAAGAAGGGGUUCCGCCUGGACUGGGACCAUCUGUUCUCGCUGUGA